GCACUUCUGCCCCGAGUCCCCGCCGCGCUGGUCGCCGCCUCCCGGAUCCACCGCCCCGCGCCAUGGAGCCGGCCGCGGGCAGCGAGCGCCGCAGCCCCACGGGCCCCGCCGUCCCGCCGCCGCCGCCCCGGGGCCCCCCGCCCUUGGCCGCCACCCCCGGCCCGGGCCAGCUGGGCUCCCCAGCGCGGGAGCCGCCGCAAUCCGAGGAGGGGCGGCAGCUGCGGAUCAGCGAGAGCGGCCAGUUCAGCGACGGGCUGGAGGACCGAGGCUUGCUAGAAAGCAGCACUCGACUAAAACCCCAUGAAGCCCAGAACUACAGAAAGAAGGCUUUGUGGGUCUCCUGGUUCUCCAUUAUUGUUACACUGGCCCUGGCGGUGGCUGCCUUCACUGUCUCCGUUAUGAGGUACAGCGCCUCUGCUUUUGGGUUUGCAUUUGAUGCCAUCCUCGAUGUCCUGUCAUCGGCGAUUGUCCUGUGGCGUUACAGCAAUGCGGCUGCUGUGCAUUCUGCCCAUAGGGAGUACAUAGCCUGUGUCAUCUUGGGGGUGAUAUUUCUUCUGUCAUCCAUAUGUAUAGUGGUCAAAGCCAUCCAUGACCUGUCAACGAGGCUGCUCCCAGAAGUGGAUGAUUUCCUGUUCAGUGUUUCCAUUUUAAGUGGGAUCCUGUGCAGCACCCUGGCCGUGUUGAAGUUUAUGCUGGGGAAGGUUCUGACCAGCAGGGCACUCAUAACAGAUGGAUUUAACUCCCUGGUGGGGGGUGUCAUGGGCUUCUCCAUUCUUCUGAGUGCAGAGGUCUUCAAGCAUAACGCAGCAGUCUGGUAUCUGGACGGCAGCAUCGGCGUGCUCAUUGGCCUCACCAUAUUUGCCUACGGGGUCAAACUCCUCAUCGACAUGGUGCCCAGGGUGAGGCAGACACGCCACUACGAGAUGUUUGAGUGAGUGGGGCAAGAACCAGCUGCUCCGUCGCGCAGGAUGAGAGGUUUCUACACAGGCAGACGGUGCCAAUAUUUACCUGAACAUCCAAUUUCUUUUCUGGAACAUUUGUGCUCAUGGGAAGGAGGUCUGCCCAGCAGGUGGGUCUGCACGGCUCCCCCUCAAACACAUGAGGGCAGCGCACAGGAGGGGAGACUGGUUGCCCCAUCUCCAGCCGGCACUGACCUUUUGAAUCUCUUGGAGUAAGGAGCCUUGUGGGUAGGAUAAGAUCUCUGCUUGGCAGAAAGCUGCUCUGUGGUGCUUUCGGCCUGGAAUGGACAGCGACUGACCAGACCCACCUCCUCUGGGCGCCCCCCUCUUUUCUCCUGGCAGCCUCUAAGGGAAGACCCUUUCCAUACCCAGAACCAUCAGUAUAGAUCACUUCCUAAUUUCUAUCAAUGUAUUUCAUUAGUUUCAUACUGUUUUACUAAACCUAAAUCUAAACAGGUUUGUUCAAAAGGAGACCAUUCUAUUUUUAAAGUCCUUAGUGAUAUACAUGUAGGAGCUUUGCAUGGAUGAGCUAAGCACAUGACCCUUUCUUGAACAUUGAGAACCCGAACAUACGUGUAAAAAAAGGAUCCAUUUUUGAGACAUGCGAAACUACAGUUAUUUGUAAUAAAUAAUUAUAUAAUCUAUCCUUAGACGCAUAUAUCUAUAUGCUGUGUUAAGUGGUAAAGGCACAUUACGGUCGUUAGAGAUGGCGCACGCCUCUGUAAGGACCAGAUGUUCUCAGUUUAUGUAAUGCUCGGUGUAGAGUCCACCAAGAUGUCCCCCCCGAACACAACAUUCUGUACCUCUAGCACUGCUGCUUGUCCCGGCAACAGUGGCUGACCAAUAAACACCUUUACCUGUUUUGUAUGGUACAGUGAGGUUCUCUUGGAGAGUUGUCACUGGCAGGUUUU